AUGCCUGCCGUUGCUGCUCGCGAUUUGUGGCCCGGUGUUCAAAAUCUCCAAUAUCUCGUCGUAUUCGGAGCCUCGUACUGCGAUGUUGGCUACAACUCGAAGGCGCCCCGCCCUUCGGCAGAGAAUCCGCUUGGAGUAAAGUUUCCUGGCGAAACCUGGUGUGGCCAUUACGAUGGGGCGACAAACACAAUUACCUGCGAGCCUAACUGGGUCGGACAUCUCCUCCAGCUCAUCCAGGAUCAGAGAGCCCAUCCUUCUCUGCUCGUGUAUGACUACGCUCUAGGCGGGGAUCGUGUGGAUGGCGUACAUCGUCAAGUCCACAAAGACUUCUUGCCUCACCUGGCGACGAAGCCAGACUGGGCGCCAUGGACCGCGAACGACACGCUGUUCGUGACGUGGGUUGGUAUCAACGACUGCUCUUGGAAUAUGGAUACCCCCAAUCCUACUGCAUCUUCGCAGGAAAGCAUACGUGCGCUCUUUGCGAUCCAACAGGAACUUUACGAGGCCGGGGCGCGCAACUUCUGUUUCAUCGAUGUUCCCCCUACAUACGACUUCUCUGGGCCAGGACCGAAGCCACAAAAGCUCCAAGACGGCGUCUUGGAGUGGAAUUCCGCUCUCAGUGGGGCUUCGGCAAAGUUUGCCGCUGAACAUACGGAUGCCACGGUCCUGGUCUGGUCUUCGUGGAGGCUGUUCAGCGAUAUCCUCGCCAAUCCUGCAGCUUAUGGCUUCUCUCAGGAGGACGCCGCCAAAGAAGAGGGAGCGAUCUUCGAGGAUGGCCUGCACCCAACUUCUGCAGUCCAUCGCGUGAUCGCACAAGAGCUACUGGAGUUCCUGUCGACCGUGACGCGGCCAGAGGAGGCGUGA